CGUAUUUACAAGUUGGACAAGUUGGACGAACUUUGGUGCACUUAAGAAAAACAAAAAACAAACUCGUUUAAUUUAAUUAAAGUUGAAUUGAAUAAUUAAAAAAAAUUAUGGAUAAUUUAAAACCAAUAAAACGACCAAAACCAAGUGAUGGCGAGGAAGAUUUAUACAAAAUGCAAGAUGAAUUUUUAAAAUCACAUCAACAACCAUCAGCAAAAGUAAUAAAUCUUCGUGCUGAAAAUAAACAAAGUCAUUAUUCAAAAGCAGUUGAAGAUGAUAAAAAACCUCCUGUUAAAUUCAAAUCAAAAUUUGCUGAAAGAAGAUCAUUAUUAAAAGCACAAGAAAAAUUAUCAACAUCACAAAUUGGUGGUAGUCCAAUUAAUUCCAGUGUUGUCACUGAUGAUUUAUCAAACAUAAUAAAACCAUGUGAAUCAUUACAAGAUAAUAUACAAGAUAUUCCAAAAGAACCAUCAUCAACAAUUCUUGGUAACAUUAUUGAGAGAAAAAUAACUAAAAUUAAUUAUAAAAAAACACAAGAAAUUGAUGAUAAUAAUGGUUUUCCAUCUGUUUUUGUUAUUGAUCAUAAUGAAAAAUUACUUGAUAAUGAUAAAAGUUUUUUUAGUAAAUCACUAGCAUCAUCUGUAUCAUCACCACAAAAAAAUAAAAUUGCAGAAUCAGUUGUCAAGCAAGAAACAGUUGUUGUUAAUUCAUUACUGUCUGAUAUUAGUCAAGAAAAUCAACAAAGGCUAGACAACAUGACAGCUGAUGAGAUUAUUGAAGAGAAAAAAAAAUUAGAAAAUAUGCUAAGUCCAAAGAUGAUUAAUUUUCUAAAAGCUCGUAGUAAUAAAUCCAAAAAAAUACCACAAAAAGCUGAAGAAAUGGAAGUUGAAGAAACAAGCAAAGAUUCAAUUGAAAAUACAAAUAAUUCAAUAGUACAACCACCAAAUGAAGUUGUUGAAAUUGUUGAAAAAGCUAAUGAAAAAGGUUGGAUACACAUGGACGAAGUAGAACAAGUUAAACUUGAAUGGAUGACUGAUUUACCUGAAACCAAAACAAAUGAUUCACCACCUGAAGAGCCAUACAAUGCAAGAUUUGAUUUUGAUGGUAUGUUAUUGCCAUUUAAAGAUGAUAAUGUUGCUGUUAAUUCAGGACUACAUCAUCAUGGUGAUGAACCAGAUCGUCCUGGUUAUUCAUUACAAGAAUUACUUCAAUUAAGUCGUUCAUCAACUCAACAACAACGUUGUACAGCAAUAACAACACUUGGUAAUAUUAUGGAUAAAAGUAAAAAAGGAUUAUAUGAUAAAGUACUUGAACCAGCUCCACUUGUUGCAUUAAAUUCAAAAAAUAUAUUUUAUUUAUUACGUAUAACAAUUGAUGAUUCAUCAAUUGCUGUUGUUACUGCUGGUCUUCAAGCAUUACGUUCAUUUUUAUAUAAUCAAGCUGAUGAAAUUUGUCUUGAUAAAUUAUUUGGAUGGAAAUAUGAUGAUGGAUUAUUCAAUGUACCAGAAUUAUUACCACCAAAAAAUGAUGUUGAUAAUUAUGAUGAAUUAAAAGACGAUGAAUUUGUACAACUUGAUGUUGUUGGUGCUGCAAUUAGAUCUGAUUUAAUACUACGUAUCAGAUUUAUUUUGAGUGAAUUGAAGCCACCACUUGUUGGUGUAACAGCAGCAUUAGAAAUUUUAACUCGUCUUUCAAGACAUUCACGUAAAACAGCAUUAAAUAUUGCCUGCACAAAAAAUUUAUUAGAAAUAAUUGUUAAAAAUUUUAUUCCAUUGACAAAUAAUAAUGAUGAUGGUAAAAAUGCAUAUGGUGUGCCACAAUUAAAUGCUGUACGUUUUUGUCGUGUGUUGCUUGAAUAUGCUGGUAGACCAGUUGCUGAUCGUCUUUAUAAUUUAAAAAUAAUUAAUUGUUUAUUAUCAUACACAACAUGUGGAUCAAGUGUUGUUGGACGUGGUGAUUUACAAUUGAGCAUUGAAGCAUUGCGUCUUUGGAAAUUAAUUUUAAAUUAUGGCAUUGGAAAAGACAGUAUUGUUGGUGCAAGAUUAAUGCUUGGUACACAAUUACAAUUACUACUUUCAAAUCAUAUCAUUCAUUAUACACUGUUAACAAAAUGGACAACUCAACUUGAAACAAUUAAAUCACCAACUUGGUUUAAUAGCAAAUUAAUUAGUACAAUAUUAACGACAUUUGAUGAUACAUUACCACUGUCUUGUUUAAAAACAAACUGGUUAUUAAAUACAAAUAUAUAUUCAAAAAUAUUAAUGUCAUCAAAUUUAUUGUCAAAUUGUACACAAGCUACUGAUAGAGACACAACAGCACUUCCAAGUCUUGGUGCAUUUACACAAAAUGGUGAAUUACAACCAAUUUUAUCAAUAAAAUCAUCAUUAUUAUUUUUAUCAACAGUUGUUAAUAUUUUUAAUAAAUAUUCAAUGUUCAAUGAGUUAAAAAUAAUCAUUGAAAAUUCUGAUGUUAUAAAAUAUCUAAAUAAAUUAACUGAAAAAGAAUGGAAGCUAACAAAUAAUUGGUUUACUCGUAUUGAAUUAUAUUUAUUAACUGGAAUUGUUAAAGCAAGUACAAACAUUCAAUUAAAUGAAUCAAUAAAUAAUACAAUUUUAAAUAUUGCAAUAAAAUUAGUAUCAAAUUUACCAAGUGAUGCAACAACUGCAAUAAAAGAAAUGAUAAAAAUUAUAUUUACAAAUGAAAAGCUAACUGUUCAAAAGCUCACAAGUGAAUUAAAUCAUCUCAAGUUGAAUAACAAUAUGUCAAAUUGUGUUCUUAAAAUUCCUGAUGAUAUAUCAACUAUUUAUGAAAAGUAUGUGUCAUUUGGUAGUUGGUGUACAACUGGAAUGCCAAUUGAUUGGCCAUAUCUUCCUCUUGUUGCUAUUUACAGUUGUCAAAAAAAUAAUACCACCUGGAAUGACAAUGAUACAAUAAAUAUAAUAACACUAUUGAGUUUAGAACUAUCAAUGCCAGAAUUGUUUAAUAAUUUAACACCAAAUUUACGUUUUUCAAGAUUGAUAUUAAUAUAUUUAUGUGAAACAAUAUAUCUCAAUGAAAAUGUAUCAAUAUUAAUGAAUCAAUUGAUGAAGGGAUUUUUAAAAAAUAAUCAUGAUAAACUUGAUUUUUCAGUUGAUGUACCAGGUAUCAGUUCAUUCACUGAUAUAUUUACAUCAAUGUGUGAAUGUUUCUGUGCAAAUUCAUAUGGUGAUGAUGGUUUUUCAACAGUUUUAUUAUUACCAAUUGCACAAAGACAUGAUUCACAUUACAGAAAAUUAUUAUGGUCUGAACAUGCUGGAUCAUUGAGGUAUCUUAAAAUUAAACCAGAUAAUUUACUUAUUCCACUUGAUGAAUAUUUAUAUCCACUUGAAAAUGAUUCAUCACUUAUUGAGUCAUACAUCACAGCACUUGUACGUCAAACAGUUAAAAAAAAUAUAAAUCCAUUGAUGUAUCUUAUUGCUCUUCAUCAUUCAGCUAAUUAUCUUAAUAGUCAAACAAAAAUUGCCAUUAAAAUGAAAUCAAGAAUAGCAAAUAUUAAAGAUAAAAAUUUACUUGAUGAAUUGUUAAAUUACUCGAUAUAAUUUUCGUUAAUUAAAAAUACUUUUGAAUGCUUUAUUCAUUUACUUUUUAUUAUUAUUUUUAUACACUUUGUUUUACAUGUAAAUACAAGUGAUAUGUAAUACAA